CCUUCAUUCAACCUCCGCCCCUUUCUCUCUCCUCCUUCCCUCAUUUUCUCUCUCUAAACCCUACCAGGAGCACGAAUUCCCACCACAUGCCUUCUCUCUCCUCCCUGAUCGCCGCAACCGCAAUCCGCCGCGCGACGCUUGCUCCCCCGCCGGACCCCCGAUCCCCUCCGACGCCGUCGCCGGGCGACCGGACCUGAACCGCGCCGAUCGCCGCUCGCCGCUCGCCGACCAUGGCCAUUCCCAAGACCUCCGGCUCCUACCCGGCGCCGCUGAGCUACUCGGUCCACCUGGAGAUCCGCCUCUUCUACGUCCGCAUCUCCCCCUGCGUCCCGGGCCUCGUCCCCGACCGCCUCACCCUCCGCCACGUCCACCGCGACCUCGGCGCCGCCCUCGAGAUCAACGGCGCCCGCGUCCCCGAGCUGAGCCCCGCCUCCGUCGCGCUGCGGCGGGACCGCGUCGACAAGGACGCGCUCGAGGUGACGUACCUGAGCACCGACAGCGUGCGGAUCACGGGCGGCGUCGAGUUCGAGGUGCUGGAGAACGAGGACGUGGUCCUGUGCGGGUCGCUGGAGAGGGUGGACGACAAUUGGAGCAACGUGAGCACGGGGCUGGAGGGCGAUUCGAGCAAGGGGUGGUUCCUGGAUUGCCACGUCGCGAAUUUGGGCGGUUCGUCGUCGUCUUCCGCGUUCUUUCAACCGAAGAUGGGGGUGUCUUCUCCGUCCAUCGAGGUGUAUAUUGCGGGCAGGUGCUCAGGCGUGCCGGUGAUUUUGACGAGGACGAUACAGGUGAGCCCCAGAAAGAAGGGGCCGCGGCACGGAACGUUGGAUGCCAUUCCGGAGGAUGAAGAGAUCGGGAAGGAGCAGAACAUCGGGAACGGGUUGGUUCGACACCGGGAUUUGCAGAUGGUAGAUCCCGAAUUCGAUGACUAUGGACCAGAGAGUAAAUUUGGGCACCCGUAUUACUCGGAGGACAUGUAUACUGGCGAGGACGGACAGCUUUCAUGGUUUAAUGCUGGUGUAAGAGUUGGUGUUGGGAUUGGCCUGGGUAUGUGCCUUGGGAUCGGGAUAGGUGUUGGACUGCUCAUGCGCUCAUACCAAACAACUACCAGGAACUUCAGGAGAAGGUUUCAGCUGUUCAAUCGAGCCUGUAACAUACAUAACGAGGUUGCUGCAGUUGUUGGUGCAGUGCGGCUGAUGUUUUUGAAUGCUGAUGUGAAAAUGUAUGGAGGGAACGACGUGCGAGUGCGAGUGCGAAUGCGCGUGCGCUUAUUGUAUAGCUUUCACGCUAUCCGGGUUGUCGUCUUGGAUUGUUUCUUCUCAUCUUUUGUGCUCGAGCGUGUGGAUGGUACUUCGAAAAGGCAGAUUCCUCAGCUUAUUAUGAUAUUUGCAGGCAGAUCUCGCCCCGCCCCCCGCCGUCCGCCGCCGCCGCGAACAAUGGCCGGAUCCUCUUCCCUCGCGGUGGUGCCCCGCCAGGCCGACCCCUCGUCCCUCCCCCUCGUCGUCGCCCUCAACUGCAUCGAGGACUGCUCCCUCGAGCAGGACUCCCUCGCCGGCGUCGCCUCCGUCGAGCACGUCCCCCUCAGCCGCCUCGCCUCCUCCGACCGCACCAUCGACUCCGCCUCCGCCGUCCUCCUCCACUCCCUCGCCUUCCUCCCCCGCGCCGCCCAGCGCCGCCUCCGCCCCUACCAGCUCGUCCUCUGCCUCGGCUCCGCCGACCGCUCCGUCGACUCCGCCCUCGCCGCCGAGCUCGGGCUCCGCCUCGUCCACGUGGACACCUCCCGGGCCGAGGAGAUCGCGGACACGGUCAUGGCCCUGGUCCUGAGCUUGCUCCGGCGGACGCAUUUGCUGGCUCGGCACGCGCUCUCGGCCUCGGGGUGGCUCGGAUCGGUGCAGCCUCUGUGUAGGGGGAUGAGGAGGUGCCGCGGCUUGGUGCUCGGGAUCAUCGGUAGAUCGAGCUCCGCCAAGUCGCUAGCCACGCGUGGAUUGGCUUUUAAGAUGAGCGUGCUCUACUUCGAUGUCGUCGAUGCAAAUGGGAAAGUGAUCAGGCCAUCCAUAUCCUUUCCUCCCUCCGCCCGGAGAAUGGAAACUCUUAAUGAUUUGCUUGCAGCCAGUGAUAUUGUCUCUCUUCACUGUGCACUAACAAACGAAACUAUCCAGAUUCUUAAUGCAGAAUGCUUGCAGCAUAUAAAGCCUGGAGCAUUUCUUGUAAAUACGGGCAGCUGUCAGUUGCUGGAUGAUUGCGUGGUAAAGCAAAUGCUCAUUGAUGGUAGCUUGGCUGGGUGUGCUCUGGAUGGCGCUGAAGGGCCACAAUGGAUGGAAGCAUGGGUAAGGGAAAUGCCCAAUGUGUUGAUACUACCACGAAGUGCUGAUUAUAGUGAAGAAGUGUGGAUGGAGAUACGGGAGAAAGCCAUCUCAAUGUUGCAGACAUACUUUUUUGAUGGCAUUGUUCCAAAAGAUACUGUAUCUGAUGAGGAAGAGGAAGAAAAUGAAAUAGCAGAUGAAAAUCAGAAGUUUGAUUCCCGAGACAAAGAAAGUGUUCCCCAGGUUUCUUCAGUUGCACAAGUGACAGAUAUCAUCCAACUAAGUCGAGAAAGCACACAGAAAGUGGGCACUAGUCAAUUAGUAGAGUCUCCAGACCACAAUCAGGGUUCAGGUUUAUCUCAAAACACAGUUGCACGACCUGAAGCAAGGCGUGGUCGAGCGGGUAAGAAAGCGAAAAAGAGGCACGGUCGUCAAAAGUUGGGGCAAAAAUUCGAUGACCCUUCUUCUUUAGGAAAAGAAAGCGCAUCCAAUCGAGAAGAUGACACUGCUAUGAGUGGCACAGAUCAAGUUUUAAGUUCCAGUUCACGUUUUGCUUCUCCUGACGACUCCAGAAGUAGGAAGAUGCCUCUCGAUUCAAUGCAAGAUUCUACUCCGAGCCAACCUCAUAAGUCAAUCAGGAAUCUUUCUGGAAGGCCUGGGGAUUUGCUGAAAGAUGGGUAUGUUGUAGCUCUAUAUGCCAAAGAUCAUCCUGCACUCCAUGUUUCCAGGCAAAGAGUAAAAGGCGGUGGCUGGUUCCUAGAUACCAUAUCUAAUGUAACCAAAAGAGAUCCUGCAGCACAGUUUCUUGUUGUUUUAAGAGGCAAGGAGACAAUUGGUUUGCGAUCUUUUGCUGCUGGUGGAAAGUUAUUGCAGAUCAAUAGACGGAUGGAAUUCGUAUUUGCCAGUCACAGCUUUGAUGUUUGGGAAAGUUGGACGUUGGAAGGUUCUCUGGACGAAUGCAAGCUAGUUAAUUGUCGGAAUUCUCAGGCGGUGCUGGAAGUCCGCGUCGAAAUUUUGGCAGUUGUAGGAGAUGACGACGGGAUUACCCGGUGGAUCGACUAGCGAGUCCUCAAUCGGGUCAUGGCGUAUUUUUAUUCCUUUUCUUCAUUUUUAUACUUUUUCCUCGCGGUUGUAUUCUCUCCAGAUCAUUUGUAAAGCGUCCUUUGCCUCGAUUUCCCUUUUGCCCCCUUCGCAUUUGCUUCCCCUGUAUCGGGAAGGAUAUCGGCAUCUCUCUGCUCAUUGUGUUUUGGUGUGUUGUUCCAGCUUCCAAAUGAGAUGAGUGUGCGUUUUUACAAAAGGACGAAAGUGUUUCAUCUUCA